UGCUGCUAUUCGUCGUGCACGUCGCCGUGAAACCUAGAGGAAAGAAUUAAAAGAACCCAAGCCCCCAACCCUUCGAAUCCCCUCUGCCUGCCCCUUUGCCCUCUCCGCCCUCCUCGAACGCGAAAAGGAGGAGCGUUUUCUCUUCGGAUCGCGAUAGAUUUCCUCUUCCCUUAUCCUCGACGUGUCUCCUCUUCCUCCUUGGCUACUACUCGCGAUGAUGUACGGGGAUUCGGGUUUCCGCAACGGCUACUCGCAGUACGGGGCGCGGGGGGAGCCGCGGUACCGGAGGGGGAGAAGAGGGCCAGGGGACUUGCGAGGAGGGCGCGGACCGUUUAGGGUUUGUUCGUAUUACCCCUCUUCUUCUUCUUCUGCCUCGACUCCUUCUUAUGCGCAGCCGCUAGAGGGCGAUAGGGCUUCGUCUCCGCGGUGGUUGGAGUUCGAUCGGGCCUACUUUCAAUCUUACUCCCAUGUCGGCAUCCAUGAAGAGAUGAUCAAGGAUCGUUUGCGGACUGAUACUUAUCGGGCUGCUAUCAUGCGACAUCAACAUUUCAUUGCAGGCAAGGUUGUCAUGGAUGUUGGCUGUGGAACGGGAAUUCUCUCUAUAUUUUGUGCUCAAGCUGGUGCUAGACGAGUCUAUGCUGUAGAAGCAAGUGAGAUUGCUGUUCAGGCUAAUGAAGUUGUGAAAGAAAAUGAUCUAUCUGACAAGGUCAUCGUCUUGCAUGGACGAGUUGAGGAUGUUAACAUCGAGGAAAAGGUUGAUGUCAUAAUUUCUGAAUGGAUGGGCUAUAUGCUUCUUUAUGAGAGUAUGCUGGCUAGUGUAAUAUUUGCCAGAGAUAAAUGGCUUAAACCUGGGGGACUUAUCCUUCCUUCACAUGCAACGCUUUACAUGGCACCAGUUACAGAUAGCGAGAGGUAUCGUGAUAGCAUUGAUUUCUGGCGUGAUGUCUAUGGGAUUGACAUGUCUGCAAUGCUACCACUUGCAAAACAGUGUGCAUUCGAAGAGCCCGUUGUUGACACAAUUAGCGGAGAGAAUGUUUUAACAUGGCCUUUUGUGGUUAAGUAUGUGGAUUGCUACACUGUCACAGCUCAAGAGCUUGAAUCUAUUACCACUAAGUAUAGAUUCGCAUCAAUGAUGCAAGCCCCUCUCCAUGGAUUUGCUUUCUGGUUUGAUGUCGAAUUCAAUGGGCCACCAAUGUUUCCAUUGAACAACCAUUUGCAUUUCCCUCCUGCAAAUUCAUCGUCAGACUUUUAUGCGCAUGGUUCUGGCCACAGAAAGAAACGGGUUAAAUCUGAUGAUGUAAUUGUGCUGUCCACUGCACCUGAGGAUGCUCCAACACACUGGCAACAGACAAUGCUCUAUUUUUAUGAACCUAUAGAGGUGAAGCAAGACCAAAUUAUAGAAGGUUCCAUAACGUUAUGUCAGAGCAAGGAGAACCCGAGGUUUCUGAAUAUUCACCUUGAAUACUCCUCAGGAGGUCGAUCUUUUGUAAAGGAGUCUGUUAUGCGAUGAUUUAAUAUGGGUGUUUCCCUUUGGUUGCUUCCAAUUGACCUUCAUAAGCUGGAGUCAGUGUGGCUGGACAAUGACAGGUCAGCUUUGAUGAUAUGGUGCCUUAGUUUGAAGACUGAAGGAACAAAGUGACUUUUUUUGACAUUCCAUUUAACUUGGUGACGCAUUUCGGCCUAUGGGAAGAGAUUUUAUAUGACAAGUCAUCUGCAGGUGGCUGCAUAUAUUUGCUAUGGAGGAUGCCCUUAUUCUGGGCAUUAUAUGAGAUCUUUGGUAUGGAUGGCGUUGUAGUUUUUAGGGUCCGACAUUUCUCGCGAGCUGCUGAUGACAUUUAGAUUCAGCUGGCCUUGUCAUUCCUGCUGAGCUACAUUCAUUGAGAUCAACACCUUGGGCAUUGUCAUCCAUAUACUGUAUGGAUCAAAGCAAUGGUGUUUCUGAGGUUCAUAUGACUAUAUUUUGCAUCUGCUAUGUUAACCUACAAAUUUUUUGGUAGCUUUUAUGAUUGAUUGUUUCUUUUUUAAAUAUUUGCCAUGUACCGAAAACCUUUUUUCUGAAUUGAAGAAAGAGUUCAUUAGCAUACUGUGGAAA